AUGGCGAGAACCCUUUUUUACCUCCUCUUCAUUCUCGCUUUCACCGUCUCUUGUUCGCAAUCGAGAUCGAUAAUCCCACGCUCACGCCCUCACUCGCUAUCCAACCUUAAAUUUAACACAACCGAGAAUGCUGGAACAUGUUCGUUUACGGUGGUCAUAAGGACAAGCUGCUCGUCCACUCGAUACACGCGGGACCGUAUUAGUCUUUCCUUUGGCGACGCCUAUGGAAAUCAGGUGUACGCACCAAGACUGGACGAUCCAAGUUCAAGAACAUUCGAGCAGUGUUCGUCUGACACGUUUCAAUUAUACGGGCCGUGUACAUACCAGAUUUGCUAUUUGUACCUGUACAGAAGUGGAUAUGACGGGUGGAUACCGUAUGAUGUGACAGUCUAUGGGUAUAACUCUAACCCCGUCUCUUUCUACUACAAUAUAAGGUUACCUGGAGAUACGUGGUAUGGAUUCAAUCAAUGUUACAGAACUACAGCUGCUUCAAUAGCUACCGUGUAA